GCAAUCCUAAAUACAAAAACCGGUGUGUCGCGUCUGAGGCGGGUUUUCCUCGUUUGUCUUAAGUAUUUUUUGCUAGCGGACGGAGGAUGUAAGCAGUUGCAACUUUACCAUUGUGACAGACGGACUGAGACACUCAGAAUGGAUAUAUCAUUGUCAAUGUUCAUCCUGCUGAUGUCAGCAACAUUGGUGCUAGGUCAACGACCUUUCUUCGCGGGGACCAAACCGAUCGGUUACCCUGAAACUCCGAACAUCACCGAUUCGCUUGGCGACAGAUUCGGUGAAGUCGAUGGCACCACUCCUAGACUGCCCGUCGAAGCGCACGGCGACUUAGCCUUUAUAGACAGGCUCAGCAAACUACCGGUGGACAAGCAGCCCUUCUGGUUCAUCAACUGGCAAGCAUACGAAGCCCAUAGACAAAAUCCUCAAACCUACCCUCAGAGACCCAGUUCAUUUAACGAUCCCAUUCCAACCACAAAUAAUGCUAAUUCUGGAGCUGUGAAUUCCAAUUCCGUGCCUAUAUCCAAUUCUGAUACUAAUGCCAAUAGAUUUGGAGAACCUGAUUCGAACGUAAAGCCCGUUGUAGCAUCUACUAAUAACGAUAAAAAUGUGGAAAGUAAACCUGAUUCUGAACCGAAACCAGUAGCUACAGUUAAUAACGAUAAAAAAGAAGAGAGUUCUAAAGAGAAACCUGCUGUACCCAAUUCCGAUUCAACAAAUUCUAAUAAUGAUUCAUCCACUUCCAAAUCUGAUUCAACUACUUCCAAAUCCGAUUCAUCUACUUCCAAAUCUGAUUCAACUACUUCCAAAUCUGAUUCAACUACUUCCAAAUCUGAUUCAUCCAAUUCCAAAUCAGAGCCAGAAAAGAAAGUAGUGGAAGUAGCGCCACUUCUACCCAGCCCAAUAGAGCCAGAACCAGCACCUAUUGAUGGAUUGAAGUUGAAAGAAGAUACGAGCGCUGAGAAAAAGUUUCGCUAUUUUAGAAGGCCUUGAAGUCAAUAAAUUAUAAAAAUAUCUAGAUUUCAAUAUCUCAUUUCGCAGAUUUAACUAUAUAUAUUAUUUAAAUAUGCGAAAUAGAGAAAAAUACAACAGUGUAUUGGAAUCUUGGUGCAAAUUUUAAGAAUCACAAACUAACUGGAUAGCUUAUAUUGUUUUUAUUUGUGUCGCAUUUGGUCUAAACAUAGGCUGUGAUGAAAUAACGCGUUUUGAGACUUAUUAUUAUAAAAUUAUUAGGUUAAGUAAAACACAUUGUGAAAUUAAUAAAACACAUUAUAUUGACUUUUUAAAUAAAUAAAACUUAAUUACUAAGCGUAUUCUUACAGCUAAACCCUCAGGAAAUAGAUUAUAAAUUAAAAAUAAUAGCAAAAUUCCAUUGAUCACUCUACACAAUGACUCGACAAUUUUCAUGGAAUAAGUUUAGCACAUGUUUCUAUAACCGAUAAUUAUUCGUGUUUUAAUCUAUUAAAAUAAUUAUAUGGUGAAUAAUCAAUAAUUGUUUACUCACAAGGAAAAAUAUUUAAUUACUAUUUAUUUUAUUGCUUCUUGGUUCUUAUAAUCACUACCUGUUACGAUUAAAUAUCAAUUUUAUUUUAUUGACAUACAUAUCUGUACAAAAUU